AGCCCUGCCCUUUUUUGACCUACUCAACGCCUUUUUUACGUUAUCUUUCCCGACUGUCGCACCGCUAACUUGUUUUGUAUUUACUACUGUUCAUCGCUAAACAGUCGCCCAUCCCAAUUAUUCCAACUAUCAACUUCCCUCAUUACGAUAAACGAAGUCCACUCACGAGGCGCCAACCGACCUACCUUCGGGAACACCUUUCGGCGUAUGCUAUACCCUCCCUUACUCAUAAACAAUGGGAGCCGGUUGCUGUAAAGAAGAAGCAAUCGAUUUCAAUGGAGAAAUCGAGUUAUCCCACUUCCAUCUGCUUCGGUCUGUAGGGAAAGGCGCUUUUGGAAAAGUACGGGUUGUCCAGCACAAGAAGACAAAGGAGAUCUACGCACUAAAAUAUAUCAACAAAGCAAAAUGUAUACGGAUGCGGGCUGUUGAAAAUAUCAUUCAGGAACGACGGUUGCUGGAGGAAGUCGAGUUCUCGCUAAUCUGCAACCUGCGAUAUGCGUUUCAGGACGAUGAGAACCUGUUCAUGGUCUUGGAUCUGAUGUUGGGAGGCGACCUCCGUUUUCAUCUUGAGCGUGCAGGACCAAUGCGAGAAGAUGUCGUUCGGUUCUACGUGGCGGAGCUGGCACUUGCGCUCAAUGCUCUCCAUUUACGGAGAAUUAUCCACAGAGAUUUAAAGCCUGACAACGUUCUUCUGGACGAGCAUGGACAUGCACAUUUGACGGAUUUCAACAUUGCUGUAUAUUACAACCCGUCCAAGCCAUUACUCUCUAUCGCGGGAAGCAUGGCCUACAUGGCGCCCGAGGUGCUACUACGGAAAGGAUACUUUGAGUCCGUCGAUUGGUGGAGUCUGGGCGUCGUCAUGUUUGAGCUACUGUUUGGCAAGCGACCAUUUAGAGGAAAGAGUAACGAUCUAUUGACCAGCUCCAUUCUGCGGGACCCGUUGCCAUUUCCUGAGAAUGUUCAAGACAUGGUCAGCGUACAUUGCCUGGAUGUCCUUUCAAAGCUCUGCGAACGCGACAUUAGCAAACGUCUUGGUUGUACGCCCGAUGGCCUAGACGCAUUCAAAAAACAUCCAUGGUUUCAAGGAAUCGAAUGGAACAAGCUAGUGACAAAGGAAGCGGUUCCGCCAUUUGAGCCAGAUUCUAAGCGUGCCAACUUUGAUGCUACACACGAGCUGGAAGAGCUGCUUAUGGAAGACAAUCCGCUCAAAGCCAAGAAACGUGCCCAAAUGACACCUGAAACAGAGCUAUCAACGGAGAUGCAGAUGAUGGAGGACAAGUUUACAGUGUAUGACUUCACCAAAGUUAGGAGGUCUCAUUCCCUCAACAGAGGUCGCAUUCUUCGCCCAUCCAACGAUCCUAAGAUGAACAGUGGCACGUUAGAUGGAGUUGUGACUAGAACGAACAGCGGAUGCAUAGAAAUCUCGCCUGUAAUGCCGCCACCCAAAGUGUAUCGACCGGACAGUCCGAGUGAUCGCGUUGGACGGGAUCGAUUCAACUCGGAUGAAGACCAGGUCUCGCUGACGAAUCCAAUGUAUAGGAACUCACCGCUGAGUAGUCCAGCGCUCAAAGCGACUCCCAACAAAUAUGCCGGAAACGAUUCUUACCAGUACAGACCUGACGCGGAGAAAGCAGGGUACUUUGAAUUGCAGGAGCAACCGCAACAGCCGCAGAAACGACAGCAACUACGGCCCGACGCCCAGUACUCAGACAAUAUGAUGCAGAGCGAGGCCAUCAUGCUGCCCCCCUUAUCAUUACCGCGUCCACUGCAGCCUAAAGAUGAUGUUACGGGUCUGCGCAUUGGGUCACCCUGUCACCGUACGAGCACGGCAGCGACAGUCGGAACAAUACCAGCAUCCUCGCCACCAAAUUCCUUUGCGCAGCCUACGCUCACCUCUUUUACUAUUCCAGCGACCAACCACGGCUCUUCAUCGCAACAGCAGCAGCAGCAGCGUCAGCGGCAGUCCCGACAAUCUGAAUCCUUCCCGUUCUCAUCAGUUGAAUCCGACUUAUCCUUGACCUCAUACGCCGCCACGGCCAACGACAGCUUGAUUGAUCCAUUGCAAGAUUCGGUAAUGGUUCCCCCUAUAUCGCGCAGGGCUGUCCGUGGCCGCGAGUCUUCGGAAUAUUCCAGCAACUCGAUGCCGGCCGCUGUUUCUCCAUCAUCACCUAAUCAUUCUUACACCUCGUCGGUUCGCCAAGGCACUAACAACAACAACAUCACCAUCUCGUCCAGUCCUCGUCGGCCGCUUGAUAUGGGUCCUCAACAAUGGUCGCAGCAAUAUCAACAACAGAUGCGGCCCAUGAGCGCGUAUACAACGAGCAUGAGCGGAUCGCAGUUGGAUGAUGGGCCUGUGAGGCAGCCCAUUGCCUAUCAGUGGCAGCCCUCUGUGUCUUCUGUCCGCGCGGAGGAUAGGAAUAUGCACAGGCAACCAUCUUACGCGUCAACAGGGCAUGAUGACCAAAAUUGAGCACAUUACGAUUACCUCUUUUUGCAUACAGAGCAUUAAUAAAUUACAGCCUAGUAACGGCUUAUACC